CGCGAAGCGAAGUGUUCUUCGAUGGUGUCAGUCGUCUUCGGAUGAACUCAUUCUAUGAUUAAAGUGUUAUUAAACUUCGAUUCGUAAACAUCCCAAUUAAUUGCAAUUGGACGAAAAUUGAUGCUCUUGGAGGAAUUUUACCUGUAAUUUGUGUAUCUCUGUUGCAAAUUUGCAAAACAAGUUUUUUUGAAGUGGGAAUAUCUGAAGAAAAGUUCUAGCGUGGUGAGGAGUCGCGUGCUCGCGGCAUAGGGCAAGCCCCUUUUUGGUGACCGUGGGAGAGCUACUGCGGAAUGCAAAGAUGACAUUCGCUUGGUAUACAAGUGAAAUUCCCCGCUCUUUGAAUGUUGUGCCGUUGGAAUAAAAACGUGAUAUAUCUUCUUGGAUUUUUCAUUGUCUAAUUGGAAGUAUUAAAAGCUGGAGGGUGACAAUGCUUUGACACGGGGAUGCUGAAACACGUCUCCUCUACGAAUUUGUCUCCCUACAAGGUACAGAAAUGCCUCUCUAGGGACACGGUGAGUCUCGCGAGUAGCCUCAGCUUUGGCAGCUCUGGAGCUCAAGAACCGUUAUCAAGUCGGUCCUCCAGCACAAGCAGCUUGCACGAUGUCGUCCCCAGACCUCCUAAAUGCACUAUCAAGGUAUAUACAAAGGUGUUAUGCGCCGAUAUGGAAUAUAAAACACUCUGCAUAUCUCAGCAAACGACAAGCAAAGAUAUCGUUCGCAUGUUGUUAUCGAAGUUUAAGAUGAAACACCGAGAUCCUAAUCUCUUCUAUCUUACUAUGGAAGUCUGGAUGCGGAAGACGGGCAUUCCAAUACGAUCUGUGGUAGUUUUAGAAGAUGAUGCUCACCCUGCAGAACUGCAAGCGUGUCACCCUAGAGGGGAGUCCAAGUUUUCCAUGAAAAUGAGAAGAGGGGGCUUGGUGAAAGUCUUUGGUGGAAGCUGUUUAAUGGCAGGGUCUCUGUAUAAAAGUCUUUUGGUAUCAGAAAGGACUAGUACUGCAGAACUUAUACAGUUGGUCUUACAUUGCUACAAUUCCACUGAACUCUACGAGAAGUUUUCCCUGUAUGAAAUUUGCUGUACCAAAGACUAUGAAAGAUGUCUGCAUCUAAGUGAGUUUCCAUUACAAAUCCAGCUAGAAUGGCUCAGCAGUGAACAUUUUGUCUUUCAACUUAGAAGGAAUGUUGAAGGUGUCCAGAGACGACUUCCUUGGUUGAGAAGUCAAGAACCAUCUGGUAAACCCAAUUUAAGGUGGAUGUACAGGAGGAGCAGUAUAGGACUCCACUCUUUGUCAGAAAGUGAUGAUACAUUCAACACAUAUGAGAACUGCUUUUACAUAUGAUGAUGAUGAUGAUGAAACUAGUCUGUAAACAUUACAAUAAUUGCCCACAGGCAGCUAAGCUUAUGCUGCUUUAAACCAUUAUCUUUUAAUUUUCAUUUUCUUAAUGAAAUUAAUGUUUAUAUGAUUUGAAAAUGUCUAUUUUGAAAUUUUGUAUAUAAAAUACUGUUUUAUUAACAACUAAUUUUUAACAAGAUAUACAUAAAACCUUGUGUUGUGACCAGGACCAAGAUUGUUACACAGUUAAAUCAUUAUUCUUUGACUUUUUUAAAAAUCUAGCAUUGGAAUUAGACCAAUUUUACAUGUUUCUAUAACGCAUUGAAGUUUUCAAUAUGAUGUUGUUUUAACUUUGGGCAUUAAGCAAUUUUUUCAGUUUUGCCAGAAAUUUGUACUGGAUACUUAAUUUUGUUUCAAGCUUCAAAAUAUAUGUUCUGAACUAUUAAUUUUAAAAUUCUGAUUAUGACUGUGUCUUGUUAAAAUUUUAAGUUAUCUAGGAAACGUUUUAAAAAAUCUAAUGUUGUUAAAAAUUUUGGUUCUCCUGUGUUAAGCAAAAAAAAAAAUCUUAUAUGUUUAUGUAUUUAUAAAAUACACACUGUCAUUUUUAUUCAAAUGUGAUAAGAAGCCAAAGUUUAUAAAUAAAUUUAAUGUGGAAAGUAUUUUAAUGUUUGUAAAUAUCAUUAAAUUCAUUUUAGUUUAGAAAAGUGUUUUAUGUAUCAUUACAGAAAUUAUAUCAUGAGUAUGUUUGUGGCAUUUCUCUUGUCAAAACAUUUUUCUUAUACUUAAAAAAUGAGUUUUAUUUUGUGCUUGUUUAAGACAAUUUUCAACACGCACCUUCGUGCAAUAUACUCUUAAAGUUAUCAUUUUUCUUUAAGCUAUACAUAAAGCGAUUAGAUCAUUUUUUGUCACAUGUAAAUUUUGCAUAACAUAUAAUAUUGUUUUUCUGAAAAUUAUUUUCAAACACAAUUUUGUAUUAAAAUGGUAAAUAAUGUGUGUGACUUAUAUAGUUUGGAGCGUAAUUUUGCAAUUUUGAAGGAAGACAGCUUAUGUCAAUAUUUUCUCUAAUUAAAUGCAUCGCGAGUAAGCAAGCAACGCAUCAAGCAAAAAAUUAAAUUUUCCAUACAUAUCAUUUUUGCACAUAGCACAUUUCAUACCAAAGCCUUUGUAUAUAAAUGUUCAUGAAGAUAUAUUUCGAUAUUAAUGUAAUGAUGCGAAAAGUUUGUAACUCAUUUACUAUCUUUCAUUCCGUGGAACUUUGUUCAAAAUGUUUUGAACAAGUGCAGAAGACAUUGAUCUCAAAAAUAAACAGAUAUAAUUGUGAUUUCUGUUAUGUCUAUUUAGAUUUUUUAUCUAGUGCUAAGUGAUUAAUAAAAUGUCUUUAAAAUGCUCGAUAUUGAGUAUAUUUAAUGAAAAUGACCUUGUAUAUAAUACCUUAAGAAUAAAUGGCACCAGAUGAUAUUCAGUCUUGAGAAUUUUAACCAUUAUAGUAGAUUGGGGAGGGGGAAGGAGAUAGUGCUUAAGUCACAGAAACAUAAUUGUAAACAAGUUAAUAUAAUAUUAAUCAUACCAUAUUCUAUCAUAACUUAAAUCUUAAUCUGAUAAACCAUAAUUAAAAUGACUACUGCUAUAAUUUUGUUUUUUUUUUUUCCAAAGACAAUUGUCAUGAUUUGUAUAAUUGGCACACAGUUAGCAAAGACGAAGGAAUACAUUAACUGUUGACAUGGCAUAUUUUCUUGAUCAUGCUAAAUAGAAAUGAAUUUUUAAUCAUAUAGUCUUUUCAUUUAGAAGGCAAAAAUCUCAUUAAGAAAAAAAAAAAACUCAAUUCAAAAAUUUGUUUUCAAGAAAUUUUCUAUCAUGGGAAUCGUAUAAUUUCAAGAUACCUUCCAGCCGUAGUAAUCAAGAUUUUCAUCUGAAGUGGUGUAGAAUCUUUAGUUUUGCGAGUCCCUAAUUUGAAUUUUUAUUCAAUUGGGAAUUUUUCUGCCAUGAAAUGUCCUGUUUUUGUAAUUUUGUGAGAAGAAUCCUUGUUUCAUCUUGAUUUGAUAAAUUUCUCUAUAAGCAUAAUUUGGAGAAAAAAAAGUUUGAAAAUUUAGCAUAUCUUUUAAAUUUCUGUCGCUUCAAUAUUACAACUUAUAGUUUAGUGGUAAUGAAAGAAAAUGUAAGCUGUUAUUUUCACUUUCAAAUUAAAAUGAUAGUAAAUACAUUUAUCUUCAAAGAACAUUUCUAUAAUAUUACUAAUAUUACUACACACAGUGGUGUUUUCUUUUAAGUAUGUCCAAAAAAACUUAUUUUAUUGCCAAUAUGUAGCUGUUCAAAAAUUGCAAUGAAAUAUUUGUGAAGAUGUUUAUUAUUUUUGUAUAUAAAAUUAUUUUGUUUUCUUUAAAAUGUAACUUG